AUGGGGAAGGAUUCGAAGACUGUCAGCGAGCGUGACGGUGUCACUGCAACUAUUAAGCUGAGCGGCCCAUUGAUCUGUCCCGAGAAGAAUACAGCCCCGAUCGACACAUCAAGAUGGCCUCUUUUAUUGAAGAAUUACGACAAAAUGAACAUCAGAACGGGCCAUUACACUCCUCUACCCCAUGGGUGUUCUCCCUUAAAUAGGCCCUUGAAUGAGUACCUCCAAUACGGCGUCAUUAACUUGGAUAAGCCAGCGAAUCCCUCAUCCCAUGAGGUGGUUUCAUGGGUGAAGAAAAUUCUUCGAUGCGACAAAACAGGCCAUAGCGGCACUUUGGACCCUAAAGUGACUGGUUGCUUGCUCGUUUGUCUGAAUCGAGCGACUCGACUGGUGAAAUCUCAACAGAGCGCUGGAAAGGAAUAUGUUUGUAUCGUUCGAUUCCAUGAUGCUCCUGAAAGUCGCGCAAAAGUGAUGAGGGGACUUGAAACCUUGACUGGGGCUCUUUUCCAGCGUCCUCCUGUAAUGGCCGCCGUGAAACGACAGCUUCGUAUUCGAACUAUUUAUGAAUCGAAACUGCUUGAUUACGAUGAGAAGCGCAAGAUGGCUGUCUUUUGGGUCAGUUGCGAAGCGGGCACUUACAUUCGAACCUUAUGUGUCCAUCUCGGUUUACUCCUUGGAACUGGAGCACACAUGCAAGAACUUCGUCGGGUUCGUAGUGGAAUUUUAACUGAAAGGGAUUGUUUGGUUUCAAUGCACGAUGUUCUGGAUGCCCAAUACAUGUUUGAUCAUAUGGGGGAUGAAACUUAUUUAAGGAGAACGAUUUUCCCUCUAGAGCUUCUGCUGACGACCUACCCUCGGAUUGUUGUCAAAGAUAGCUGUGUGAAUGCGAUCACUUAUGGAGCGAAGUUGAUGAUUCCUGGUGUUCUUCGGUUUGACAAUGGAAUUGAAAAUGGAAAAGAAAUUGUCAUGAUGACAACAAAAGGAGAGGCGAUAGCAUUAGGAAUAGCCCAAAUGACGACCGCCGUGAUUGCGUCUGUUGAUCAUGGAAUCGUUGCUAUUAUCAAACGAGUUGUUAUGGAGCGUGAUACCUACAACUUAAGAUGGGGAUACGGACCUCGUGCGUCAGAGAAGAAGAAAAUGAUUGUGGCUGGCCUUCUGGACAAGAAGGGAAAGCCAAAUGAGAAAACUCCGAAGAGUUGGCUGCAGUCUGAGGGAUUUCUGCCAACAUUAACAGGAUCACAACCUGUCGAAGUGAAAGUGCAGGAAGUCAAGGAGGAAGUUGAUGAGAAGGAGGACGUCACUGAAAUGCCUUCUAAGAAGAAGAAAGAAAAAAGAAAGAGAGAUGAUGAGGACGGAACAGGUAAGACGGUAUCUAGAGCCUUCGGUUGGUCACUCGAGUGUUGUUCGCUUGCAGAGAAAAAGAAAAAGAAACACAAGACUUCUGGUGAUGAGUAA